AUGCUAGAUGCGCUUUCUCCCACGACGCUCUCCUUUCUAUUCCUUACCCUGGGUUACUUUUUCAUCCGCUAUUUAAACUCGACUGAUCAACCAAAGAUCAAAGGGUUACCAGAAAUACCAGGCGUGCCACUAUUUGGUAACCUUCUUCAACUUGGUCAAGAUCAUGCUCGGGUGACUGCUCGGUGGGCAAAGCAGUAUGGCUGGCCGGUCUUCCAAACUCGCUUGGGCAAUCGCCGCAUUGUUUUUGCCAACACAUUCGAUUCGGUCAAACACCUCUGGAUCACAAACCAGUCGGCAUUGAUCUCCAGACCGACACUGUACACCUUCCACAGUGUCGUGUCCAGCAGCCAGGGAUUUACGAUUGGCACGUCACCGUGGGACGAGUCAUGCAAGAAACGGCGUAAGGUCGCUGCUACGGCUUUGAACAGGCCCGCCGUACAGAGCUACAUGCCUUUCAUCGACCAGGAGAGCUGUGUGGCUAUCAAGGACAUGUACAAGGACUCGAUGGGCGGCUCGGUCGAUUUGGACCCCAGGAAGUAUUUCCAUCGUUUCGCGCUCAAUACGAGUUUGACAUUGAACUACGGUAUUCGGAUUGAUGGUGGGAUUGAUCAGGAACUGCUCCGAGAAGUGGUCCAUGUGGAACGCGUGGUGUCCAACUUCCGGAGCACAUCCAACAACUGGCAGGACUACAUUCCUCUCCUACGAUUACCAUUCAUCUCCCGUCAGAAUAAAUCCGCAGCCGAAUAUCGAGCGCGACGAGACAAGUACCUCACUACAUUUCUGGACAUGCUCAAGGAACGAAUUGCCAACGGCACCGACCGGCCCUGCAUCACUGGAAACAUCAUCAAAGAUCCCGAAGAGACGCUCAACGAGGCGGAACUCAAAUCGAUCUGCCUGACCAUGGUGUCGGCCGGCAUUGACACCGUCCCAGGCAACAUGAUCAUGGGUCUCGGGUACCUCGCCUCGCCCGAGGGCCAGCACAUCCAACAGAGAGCCUACGAAGAGAUCAUGAAGGUCUACCCCGAGGACGGCGAGGCCUGGGAGAAGUGCCUGACCGAGGAGAAAGUGCCCUACAUCACGGCCUUGACCAAGGAAAUCUUGCGCUUCUGGACCGUCAUCCCCAUCUGCCUCCCUCGCACCAGCAUCAAGGACAUCAAAUACAACGACGUGACCAUCCCGGCUGGCACCGUCUUCUACAUGAACGCCUGGGCCGCCGACUACGACGAGACGCACUUCAAGGAUCCCACCAAGUUCAUGCCGGAGCGCUACCUCAACGACCAAGAAGGCAGCGGCACUCCCCACUACGGAUACGGCGCGGGCAGUCGAAUGUGCGUUGGCUCGCACUUGGCAAACCGAGAAAUCUAUACAGCUUUUCUGCGCAUGAUCGUGGCCUUCGAGUUCGUCCCCGCCAAGGACGCCAAGGACUGGCCUAUCCUCGACGCCAUUGAGUGUAAUAGCAUCCCGACCGCGCUGACGACGGAACCCAAGCCCUUCAAGGUGGGUUUUAGAGUUAGGGACAAGGCGGCGCUGGAGAGGUGGAUCCAAGCAAGUGAUGAGCGGACAAAGGACCUGUGA